CGCCGCUUAGCGCCGCUAUAUCUCACUCUCAGGGAAAAAAAAAUCCUCAGAGAAGCAAAACAAGUCUUCAAUUGUUAAACCCUAAACCUACAAAAUAAAAACCUUUUUUGUUUGGUGCUCUCAUCUUGGUUCUACGCCGCGUUAGGUCCCGUUUCUAAACAAUGAUAACUGCAGUGUCAUGGAUACCAAAAGGGAAUCUAAAAGCUGUUCCUGAUGUAGCUGAGCCUCCUUCAAAGGAAGAACUCAAAGAGCUUAUUGAGAGUGGAGCUUUUGCUAGAAGCGUGGACGGUAGUAACGAGGAUGAUGAAGAGAUUGAAGAGGAUGGAGAAGAGAUUAGUGAAGUUGAUCAUGCCAAGGCUGUAGCUGAAGCUUUUGGUAAAACUUCUAACAGCAAGAUUGCUUCUUCAUCGAUGGAGGUUGAUGAGGUAGCUGAAGGAUUGAAAGAACUUGACAUGGAUAAUUAUGAUGAAGAGGAUGAUGGAAUUGAACUUUUCAGUUCUGGAAUUGGGGAUCUUUAUUAUCCAAGUAAUGAGAUGGAUCCAUAUCUGAAGGAUGUUGAAGAUGAGGAUGAUGAAGAGGAUAUUGAUGACACGACAAUCAAGCCAACCGAUUCAGUCAUUAUCUGCGCUAGGAAUGAAGAUGAAGUCAGCCAUCUAGAGGUUUAUGUAUACGAGGAAUCAUCUGGCUCACCAAACAUGUAUGUUCAUCAUCACAUAAUUAUACCGGAGUUUCCAUUAUGUACUGCAUGGAUUGAUUGUCCUCUUAAAGGCGGGGAGAAAGGGAAUUUUGUAGCUAUUGGUUCAAAAGAAUCACCGACAAUCGAGAUAUGGGACCUUGACGUUAGAGACGAGGUGCUACCUUGUAUACAAUUAGGAGGAAAAGAGGAGAUGUUAGUGACUAAGAAAAAGAAGAAUAAGAAAGAUAAGAGUAAGAAAGACAGCAAGAUUGCUUCUUCAUCGAUGGAGGUUGAUGAGGUAGCUGAAGGAUUGAAAGAACUUGACAUGGAUAAUUAUGAUGAAGAGGAUGAUGGAAUUGAACUUUUCAGUUCUGGAAUUGGGGAUCUUUAUUAUCCAAGUAAUGAGAUGGAUCCAUAUCUGAAGGAUGUUGAAGAUGAGGAUGAUGAAGAGGAUAUUGAUGACACGACAAUCAAGCCAACCGAUUCAGUCAUUAUCUGCGCUAGGAAUGAAGAUGAAGUCAGCCAUCUAGAGGUUUAUGUAUACGAGGAAUCAUCUGGCUCACCAAACAUGUAUGUUCAUCAUCACAUAAUUAUACCGGAGUUUCCAUUAUGUACUGCAUGGAUUGAUUGUCCUCUUAAAGGCGGGGAGAAAGGGAAUUUUGUAGCUAUUGGUUCAAAAGAAUCACCGACAAUCGAGAUAUGGGACCUUGACGUUAGAGACGAGGUGCUACCUUGUAUACAAUUAGGAGGAAAAGAGGAGAUGUUAGUGACUAAGAAAAAGAAGAAUAAGAAAGAUAAGAGUAAGAAAGAGAAGAGUAAGAAACAGAAAUACAAAGAAGGUAGCCAUACUGAUUCAGUACUUGGUCUUGCUUGGAAUAAGGAGUUUAGGAACAUACUUGCUAGUGCUAGUGCCGACAAAAAAGUUAAGGUCUGGGAUGUGGCUACUGGAGUAUGUAAGAUUACGAUGGAGCAUCACACAAAGGAGGUUCAAGCUGUUGCUUGGAACCAUUAUGCUCCGGAAGUGCUUCUCAGUGGGUCGUUUGAUCAAACUGUUGUCUUGAAAGACGGAAGACAGCCUUCACACUCGGGUUUCAAAUGGUCUGUCAUGUCUGAUGUCGAAAGCUUAGCCUGGGAUCCUCAUAGUGAACACUCCUUUGUGGCAAGUCUUGAAGAUGGAACCGUGAAAGGUUUUGAUAUACGUACCGCGCAGUCAGGUUCAGAUUCUGAUUUAAAACCAAGUUUCACUAUCCAAGCACAUGACCAAGACAAAGGAGUCUCCUCCAUCUCAUACAACGUUUCUGCACCCAAUCUUUUGGCUACGGGGUCUAUGGAUAAAACGGUAAAGCUUUGGGAUCUUUCAAACAAUCAACCUUCGUGCAUUGCUUUACACAAACCAAAAGCUGGAGCUGUGUUUUCCAUUUCCUUUGCGGUGGACAACCCUUUCUUGCUUGCUAUUGGUGGCUCAAAGGGAGAGCUACAUGUUUGGGAUACACUAUUGGACGCUGAUGUCUCUCGCAAAUAUGGAAGCAAGCGGUCUUGAAAAGACCCGCAGGGAUCACUUGUUUCUUUGAAGCCCGUGAUGGUCGUUGGAUUCGACCACUGAUACCAAAUUUUGCAGUUUCUUUUCUUCUUUUUCUUUAGGUUUGUUUUUAGCUCCUAUGAUUAUGGUAAUCGUGUGAGGGUGUGAGUGUGACUUUAUAAGCCUUUUUUCAACUCAUCAAGAAUCUCUUGAGUUAUAUACGUUCACAUAUAUGUAUCUCUUGAGUUGUGCUUUAAACAGAAGAAUUCUAAUUUGUCAAAUUAUAUUCAACU